GCUUCUUGGACGCCGCUGCCAAUUCUCUCCUCAGAGAGAGAGAGAGAGAGGGGGGCCGACGGCGUUGCGUCUUCUCCUUCCUCUCCUGGUUGUAUCGGCGAUCUAUGCCGACGAAGGUGGGGUACACUCUAUCAUAAAUGGUGAGGAUCUCUGUUUCUGGCGUCACGAUCGGGGUAUUAUCCCAUGCUUCCGCUCUCCAUCGGAGGAUUAUCAUCGAAGGUCAUGGUUCUUGUUUCUUCUCUGGAAGGGAUGUCUUCUUCUUGAGAUUCCUUUUGCAUUCGGGUGUCGUUCGGUAAUGACUAUUGCUUUUCAAGCUUGUUUUCUCUCAGUUUCAUAUAAUUCUUAACAGAAAUGUUCCAGAGAUGGUGAGCUUUGGACAUCACAUACCUCAUUUUUAUCAACCAUAUUCAUGUAUAAAAUUUUACAGUGUUGUUGAAUUUCUUAGUAGGCUAGUUUGGCCAUUAUGCUUAGUCUAAAAAUGUUCCAGAGAUGAGCUUUGGCAAUUAUUCUGGAUUAUUUCUUCAUGUUGAGGUUCUGCACCUCAAUCUUUCUUUUCGACAAAAGAUCUUAUCUUAGGUCUAAUUAUAUCAUAGUUUAUACAUUUAUACCUUAAUAAUUAGGUAUAAUGUAGAUAUAUAUUGAUUGAGUAGGCACAAUUUAGAUACAUAUGUUGUUCAAAUUGUUUCACGAAGCCUGAUGUAUGUGGUUGUAUUGGAUGUUCAGUUUGUGGCCAAUUGAGAUGGGCCGAACCGAGAUCCGGUCGGAGUUCGAAAAAUCUGAACCGGUUCGAAGUCAACCAGUCCAGUCGUACAUGGUUUACCUUCUAGAAAAGUCAGCAAUUUCUCGUUUGUGUUGGUUUUGCGCUUCUUUCAAAUCGUUUACUGCUGUUCCACGAAAUCACAAACUACCUGGACGUUUAGACCUGGCACUUUACCUACCCUUUUAUUGGAGGCGUCACCGGUCCCACAGGUCCGUCACUGUGCAGAAGUGGAAACACCGGAAGCUUCUCCUCGGUUCAAAUCCACGCGCUCCGUCUAAGCAGGUGACGUCCUCGACUGUCUCUCUCGAUCUCUCAUAUUUGUUUCCUUUCCCUCCAAGGCUGCUGCAACGCGAUCACAAAAGCCGAGAAGACCAAGAGACAACGACGGUAACUAAACCCUUCUCUCUCUGUAUCUCUCUCGGCGAUGGUCGUGUCUUGUGGCAUCGAGUGCGUGUUCUGCCUGGGGUGCACGCGGUGGGCCUGCCGCCGCUGCGGGUACGUCGGCGCCGACGACAGCGCCGCCUGGGCGCCCGCCACGCCCGAUGAGUUCGCCCCCGUUCCCCGCGCCUGCCGCGCCGUCCUUGCGGCCUACGAAGACGACCUCGCCCGCCCCCGCUGGGCCCCCGCUCGCCCCGGCGGGUAUCGGAUGGAUCCCGCCGCCGUCGUCAAACGCGCCUCCUACGCCGACACCCGCGGCCGCUGCCCGCCCUACCUCCUCUACGUCGACCGCGCCGCCCGCGAAGUCGUCCUAGCCGUCCGUGGCCUCAACCUUGGCCACGACGCCGACUACCGCCUCCUGCUCGACAACCCUCCCGGUUCCCAGCCCUUCGACGGCGGCUACGUCCACCUCGGCCUGCUGAAGGCCGCCGCCUGGCUGCUCAACCGCGAGGCCGACACCCUGUGCCACCUCCUUAGGGAUUGCGGGCCCGAGUAUGGCCUCGUGCUGGUCGGCCACUCGCUCGGCGCCGGCGUGGCGGCCCUCAUGGCCAUGGUGGUGGUGAACCACCUCGACCGGUUCGGGGAGAUCCCAAGGAGCCGCGUCCGAUGCUACGCCAUCUCGCCGGCCAGGUGCAUGUCGCUGAAUCUUGCGGUGAAGUACGCUGACGUGAUCCACUCCGUGGUUUUGCAGGAUGAUUUCCUUCCAAGAACGCCAACACCUUUGCAACAUAUUUUUGGAUCUAUUUUCUGUCUGCCAUGUUUGUUAUUUUUGGUUUGCAUGAGAGAUACAUUUAUAUCUGAAGAUAGAAAGCUUAAGGAUCCAAAAAGGCUCUACGCCCCCGGUCGGAUGUAUCAUAUUGUGGAGAGAAAAUUUUGCAGAUGUGGAAGAUUCCCUCCUGAGGUGAGAACAGCCGUUCCUGUUGAAGGAAGAUUCGAGCAUAUAAUACUAUCAUGCAAUGCUAUGUUCGAUCAUGGAAUCAUUUGGACGGAGCGAGAAGCUCAGAAAGCUUUAGAAGUAAUGCUUAAAGGAAAUGUCAUGACAACCCCUCCGUCGAGGCAACAGAUGGAGGGAAGGGGGUCUCUUCAGGAAGAACACAAUGAGGCACUGGAAAGAGCUUUGAGCUUGCACCUGCCUCACCCUGCCUCACAACACAGCUUACCCUUCCAAGACCAGGCAGCAUCAACGUGUGAGCACUAUGACAACAUGUCCUCAUGUAGUGAUGAUUCGGCAUCGAGUAGGACAAUGAAUUGGGAUGAGCUGGUGGAGAAGCUCUUUGAUGGGAAUGAACCACAAGGCAUGGUCUCAGAUGAAGAAGACAACAGCCUUGGCUCCAGUGUGAAGAUGUCUCUUCCUGUUAGAUGACUCUUCAACCUUAAUACUGAUGGAUGUUCUCAAGUUUGUAUAUUUCAUCAUUCUUUUGUACAGUUGGAAAUUGUGAUUCUUUUUAUAGACGGAUGAUAUUAGUUAACAGUUUUUAGUUAACGGAUGAUAUUUCAAUCCCCCCCGGUUUUA